AUGGCCUCCACGCCAGACGGAGUCCCGCAGACCCGCAUGGUCGACGACAAAUCGCCCAUAUGCAUCCCCUUCCUCCUUGAGCGCCUAGCUCAAUACAGGGAACAAAGCGCGGGAAAGAACGAUGCCAGGCCCUUCAUAGUAGGGAUAAACGGCGUGCAGGGCGUGGGCAAGACAACGCUCGUCCGGGCGCUAGCCCAGACCCUGCAAGAGCGUGAGGGGCUGCCCACGCUGGUAGUGAGCAUCGACGACUUCUACCUCACCCAUGCGGAUCAGCUGGCGCUGGCAGCGGCACAUCCGGACAACGCGCUGGUACAGUACAGAGGCGAACCUGGAACUCACGAUCUCCCCCUCGUCCGCGCCUUCCUUGCCUCGCUCACCGCCAACAAGCCCACGCCGGUGCCGCAGUACGACAAAUCCGCCUUCUCCGGGCUAGGCGACCGGCAGCCGCCCAGCUCCUGGCCAACAGCCACCUCACCGCAAGUGCUCAUCCUCGAAGGCUGGUGCGUCGGCUUCCGCCCCCUAGAUAACUCGACCCUUGAAGGGAAAUGGCGCGGCCCAAGCCGGACGCUGCACAACCACAAGCUGGAGCAUCUGCAGUUCAUCAACAGCCAGUUGGCCGAGUACGACGCCGUGAUCAACCGCACGUUGAACGCCUUCAUCCACAUCGACGCGGAGGAUAUUGAGUACGUGUAUGCGUGGCGGGCGGAGCAGGAGGAGCAGCUGCGCAGGGAGAAGGGGGCGGGCAUGACGGGGGAACAGGUGGUCAAGUUUGUGGAUGCGUACUAUCCCGCGUAUGAGCUGUUCACCGAGGGGGUGAGAGAGGGGAUUUUCUUGCCUGCGAGAGGGUGCCAACUGAGGGUUGUUGUUGGGCGCGAUAGGAGGGUGAAGGAGAGUGUGGUCAUAUAA